UAUUUUGUUGCUGGCCACAUUGGUCUUAUUACAGCCACAUUCUGGUGUUUACUGCUAAAUGGGUUCCUGUAGUUUUUCUAGCAGUUUUUGGCCUUAGUUUUGCUACAUUCACCAAUGCAGCUAAUUUUAACUCAUUACGUCCUCUAGCCUUAUGGAUUGUAUUAUACGUUUUUAAUGGUGCUGCACUUGCCAUUUAUUUCGUUCUUCAAAUAGUCCUUGUUCUUAAUACCCUCGAUGACCGCUGGCCACUUGGUGAUAUUUUGUUUGGAAUUUCUUUCUAUGUCAUUGGCCAAGUUAUCCUCUAUCUAUUCUCCGUUAAGAUAUGUGAUACUGCUAAACAUUAUAUUGAUGGUCUGUUCUUUGGAACAAUCUGCACACUUUUAGGUGUGAUGAUGGUUUAUAAAUAUUGGGAUUCCAUCACCAAAGAAGAUCUUGAAUUUUCCGUUGGAAGUAAACAAAAUGUGUGGGAAGUUAAAGAAUUACUUGAAGAUGAUCAGGUAUACUCAAAUUAUAAUAGCAACUAUCCUCCUCCACCAUUACCGCAAGGUGGAUUUAAUGGCUACCAACAACCACAAAGUGGUUAUAAUAAUGCUUAUCCUCAGCAACAAUAUGGAGGAUAUUAA